AUGGACGUUGAUUGUCCGAUCGUUAGUCUGAAGCGAUCCAGCAGCGCGCCGAUGAUUAACGAGAUCAGCGCGACCAUGUCCGUUACUACACCCUCGACGUCGUCGUCGAGGGACGCUGUGUCAACUUAUAAUAUAUUUGCAAAUUCAACUCGUCUACGACGUUUUAGUACCAGUAGCCCUGGUAAUGUUCCUAGAUUGACACCACGCGUGAGUCAGUUAAGACAGGAAGAAUGUGUGGAUGUCGCUGGCCGGGAGGCAGCACACGAGAAGGAAAUUCAUAGUGCCAUGCAGAUAUCGCAAUCAUGGGAGGAUCUCACUUUGGAGGCGGAAGGAUUAUCAUUCAAGGAUUCAGAGUCUCCUACGCAGCUUAACAAAGUAGAACGACCGAAGAGGCCAUUGGAUCCUCUAAGUUUAAAUCUGUCUAUCACCGGUUCACCGCUGUGUUCUUCACCUUCCCCUACAAGAUCUGGAUUUAAUCAAAGACAGUGUUACUCUCCUGGUAUUCAUAUCUGGAAGAACAAUUUGUCUCCUAGUCCUACUAGAAAGGCAUUUGCCACGAGGCGCAGUUUGAGUCCUAUCGCGAUAAGGCCAAGCUGUUUAGGGCCAGUCAAAAGAAAAUUCGAAUUAGACGAGGCUGGAAUGGAUCACAGUUUACAACCACCUGUAAAACGCACUUCUGGUUUAUUAACGUCAGUUGCAUCCAGAUUGGAUGCUCUGUCCAGCCCACUUCCUGGAACUAUCAGUUCCGUGGGCACACCCGAAUCGUUAUCGAGCGCGGAUUCACCUAGUUUCUCUUUCCGGCCGGUGGAUAGUCCAUCACCAGUUCGUGUAAAUCCGAACAGCGACAGCGAAUCUUUAUCAGACGUGAGCAAUCAAAGCAAAUUGAUGGAUCAAAUACGUGCCGAUCAGAUCAGUCAGGAUAAUCACAGAUGAACAUGAGAAAUUGUCGGACACGCGAGAGCUUGGAGAUUCGACGUGUCAUAUUAAUUCUUCUCGGCAUAUCGAUGUAAAGGAGAAAGUAUUUGUAUCACGCACGAAUCCAAAAAUCGCGAGCAUAUUCUUGUUGUUGGUCUUGUCGUUCGUAGACAAAGAACAGUAGUGCGACAUGAAUUUUUUGGAACUUUAGUGCAAGUACGACAUAAGUUUAGAAGAGAAGCACUUCUAAAUGUGCAUCUCUAAUACUUUUUCGAUGUACGAGUAAGCGUAGCGCCAACAGUGUUCUUUCCCUUUAAUUAAAUGCUAGCCACACAUAUCGGUGAAAAGACGCUUUACAUGCCUCCGUAUCGUUCCAUGUAUUCCGGAGUGAAAUAUCUAUGUCCUCCGACUGGAAUAAUUUAUUUCCUCUUUUUAUCUUUGUUUAAUUAGCUAUAUACAAUAUGAUUCUGUAUGUAUCAAUUAAUGUAUACAAGAUAAGCCUUUUCCUUCGCUAAUUGUGUACUAUCCAUUCUAUUCGAUGAUUCUUGGCUCUUGUUAUCUAUUUUUAAUAUUUGAUAAGUUUAUUUUGGGCAUUGGAUAAUUCUCUAUCCAGUGAUUCCUAACGAACUAUUUGUUAUAUAGAUGAUCAAGAUCGCGUUUAAUCACAUUUAAUCGUGUUUAAUCGUGUUGAUUUCGUAAUAUUGUACAGACACGAUUCAACCACCCCGUUGCCUUUAAUUAUAUUUUUUAUUAUUAUAUUAUUUCUGCCGAUAUUUUUUGGGACUUCAGUUUCCAUCUUAACGAGAAGUUUACGUUGACGCAGUUAAAAUCUCCAGGCUCGUAUUCUUUGUAGUAGUCAGCGUAAGUGCUAAUAGAAAAUCUGAAGUUUUCCCUUAAAAUGUUCAAAGUAAUGAUUGCAUAAUAUAAAGAUA